AUGUCAAAUAAGCCAAAUCCUUUGAGAAAAUCAAACAAAGAGCCUAUUUCCCAAAACACUUUGGAAAGAGCUCAAGCUGCUAAAGAGUACAUUGAGAGGAAAUUUUUAAGAUUGAAAAAGAUGCAAGAAGAAAAGCAAGAAGAAUGAACCACGCUCAGAGAACGAAUGAAUGAGAUGAAUCUAUCUAAUACAGAUAAACAACUCAUUACUCACUCCCCUCCUCCGUAAGCGUACAAAAACAUUUGUUCGCUCAUUAAAGGUCUAAUUUUUUUUUCGAAAAAUUAAAAAAUCUAAAUUAGUUAAAUUGGAAAGCAAAAACGAAUUUGUAAAUUUAAGUUUUAAAAUGCAAAUUGCUUAAAUUCUAACAGAAUUAGCUAAAGAUUUCAUUAUAAUACUUAUUGCUUAUAUAAAAAUUUUUUUUUCUUAAAAAAAUAUUUUAUUUGCUCGCAGAGGAAUUUUUAAUCAAAAAUAGGAAUUUUCCAAAUGAUUAGCUCGCUCACGGAGGAGGCGAGCCAAGAAAUCCAGCAUAAAGAAGCUGAACUGCUAACUCCCCCUUUAUUCACAAACAAAAUUUUUAUUCUCAAGAAUGAAUGGGCUAUUUUUUAUAUUAAAUUAUUUAUGAAAAAAUAAUUAAAAUAUUUAAAUUUGUAAAUAUUUAAAAUGAGAUAUCUAAUUUUAUUCUUUAAAAGAUGCAAGCCGUUUGAAAUUUAAUAUAAAAUAAACUGGAAUUUCAUUAUAAUUAUUAUUUAUAUAUAGAACUAUUAUUCCCAAAACAUUUUAUAUGGAAAAUAUUAUUUAUUGGGUUAAUUCCCGAAAUAAGAAUUUCCAACCAAGGAUGAGUAAGGAAAAAGCGACAAAAAAUUAGUGUAUUUGACUUUGAACCUUUAGCAAUCAUUGGUAAAGGAGCUUUUGGAGAAGUGAGACUUGUCAGGAAUACUAACACUGGAGAAAUAGCAGCUAUGAAAAAAAUGAGCAAGUCUGACCUAGUUUUUAAAAACCAAAUAAAGCACAUAAGAGCUGAGCGAGAUGUGAUGGCUUUAGCCAAUAACCCGUGAGUAGUGCAGCUGAAAUAUUCAUUCCAAGAUGAAAAAUAUUUGUAUUUAGUCAUGGAAUAUCUCCCUGGAGGAGACCUUAUGACUUUGCUAAUACGCAAAAAUGUGUUUACUGAAGAGGAAGCAAGAUUUUACAUUGCUGAAGCAAUUCUUGCUGUUGACUCUACUCAUAAGCUAAACUACAUUCAUCGGGACCUAAAGCCUGACAAUAUUUUAAUUGACGCAACAGGACAUGUCAAGCUGACUGAUUUUGGCCUAUCAAAACACAUUGAAAUUAAUCCUUUAACGGAUAGGGAAACUCUUGACAUUGAUGAAGUACAGUACAAAAAACUUAUGGAGAAGCGUGCAGAGUCCAGAAGGAACAGAAAGCUGGCCUACUCAACUGUAGGAACCCCUGACUAUAUCGCGCCUGAAGUUUUCCACAAGGAAGGCUACUGUGAAACUGUCGACUGGUGGUCAAUCGGCGUGAUUCUAUUUGAAAUGGUUGUAGGAUACCCACCUUUCUUUUCUGAGGAGCCAGCUGAUACAUGCCAAAAAAUUGUAUCGUGGCAAAAACACUUCACUAUCCCUGCUGAAGCAAGACUGUCGCCAGCAUUAUCUGAUUUCAUAAGAAGACUAAUCGCGCCAUCCGAAACUCGGCUAGGCAACCGAGGAGUUGAAGAAAUAAAGCGGCAUCCUUUUUUUCGGGGGUUUGACUGGGAUCACAUAAGAGAAAUGACUCCUCCGAUGGUCCCAAAUAUAGAAAACGAGAUUGAUACCAGCAACUUCGAUAAGCAUGAAGAAACUGAGCCAUUCUACCCAAACUUGCCAAUGAGAAAGAAAAAGGCAAGGCAAGACCCUAACUUUGUAGGGUUUACGUUCAAGAGAGAUGUAGAUAAUCAGAGAUUGGGGCUAAUUUCAGUUCUUGAAGAACUAGAAAAGAUUAAAGCUUCAAGACCAAGACCUGCUGUAACGCGUGAGCUGAAUAUUAAUGUUAGUUUUGAUUAUUCAAGUUAA